AAAAACAGCGAUGAGCAAUUUUUUUUUAACCUUUUUACCACUGUUCAGGUAGAUUUCAUACAAAAUUCAUCGAUUAUUCGUGAACCGACCAUUACACCGUACGAUGAUAUUUUUACGCAUGGAAUUGAACCGCCUCGUUGCUGGUCGUUGGAAAUCAAAAAUGCCCAGUAUAGUGACAGUGGAACAUAUCUGUGUCAUGUGAAAACAACUGGCAAGCAUGAAAUCAACGCCAAUCAUACGAUCAACUUCUUCGUCAAAGGUUGGAUUCCUAAUCUCGCAGCGCAACUCUCCACGCAUUCCGCUGCUUUCACUGAUCGUCUGGCUGAACGACGAAAAAUCAAGAAAUCUAAAGUGAAAAGUGAGUCGGUGGUGUAA